CAUGUCAGGAUCUAUCUGUAAAAUGAAAGCGAAAGAGUUAUUUGGGGAUUUGCGGGGAAGUCCUAAGAUAAUAUUGUAUUUCUACAUGCUAUAACAACUAAAACUACACAACAGUCGCGGACACAGUCGAAGAACACAAUGGCUGACAUUUCAACUAUUUAUAAACUCUCCAUAAUCGCCUUUAUUUACUUCACGAACGUCUAUGGGACAAGCUGUCCUGUUCUGGAGUGCUGGUUUGUCCAGGAGAGACCUGGUCGAGGUGGAGGCUUCCCUGCUGCUAUGAGCCAGGAGAAGUCAUUACUGUACAUCAAUACAGACCCAGAGUGGAAAAGGCCAGAGUCACAGCAGAGACCAUCUACAGACAUCAACCCUGAUAGACUCUACUACAUCACUGACCCAGCAGCCACCUUCUGCAGUUCCUCUCUUCACCCACCAGAGGGCUCAGUCCAGAAGCCCCAGUGUGAGAUCAACCCUUUCAUGCCCCAGCCCUCUAGUGUCCAAUGGACAGUCUCACUCACAGACUCCGCCCACAGCCCCAUCUACCUGCAAGCUGAUUGGUACUCUGCCAGCUUGCAGGGCCUUAAUGGACAGCUGAGCCUCUCCAGUGUCAUGCGUGCUCCCACAGCAACUAAGGAACCAGCUGUGUUGCUCAGUGUGUCCAGUAGAACACCAGUGGUCCGUUCCAGACUCGGAGAACGGGUGGUUCUAGACUGUGGGUUCUGGGCCGAGGCCUCCUCCCCUCUCUCUGGCUCUGGUUUCACAGUAGAGUGGCGCUACCAGUUCAGGGGUGACGGCCGUCUGGUCCUGGCCUACGACGGCAAGAAUGACCGAUUGGCUGAGACCCAGGAAAAGGGGGCGGAGCUAGAUUUUACAGCCCUCCACGAGAGAGGAAACGCAUCACUGAUCCUGCAGGAAGCUCAAGUGCGCCACUCAGGAACUUAUAUCUGCACGGUGUACCUCCCCUAUAUCCUGGCUCAGGUGGCUGUAGAACUGGAAAUAGUGGAGCCUCCGUCCCUCUCCAUUUUCCCCUCCCCUCUCCCUCUCUCUGUGCCCGGCCAGGUGGUGACGGUGCAGUGUGAGGCGUCAGGCUUCUCCCCCCUCUCCCUGGAGCUCCACUGGGAGUUAAUGGAGACUGACGGCAAUGUCAGGCCCCUCGGCCAGGGCAGCGUAUCGGGCCACAGGCAGGGCCCAGACGGCACUUACAGUCAGACAACCCGUCUGCAGCUGGACUCGGCCAAGCUGGAUCUGGGCCGUGGGGGGGAGGUCACCUGUGUGGCCGUCCACCCUGGAGGAACCCGGCGGGCCAGGGUCACCCUCAAUGUCAUCGGUGUCAGUGCUCCCUCCAUUGAGGACUCUAUGGCGAUGGUUGCCGUGGCCUUGUGUCUCUAUGGUUUGAUCAAGGUCAUCUCUUGGACAUUCAUCAGCUCUGGGUCAGAAGAUGCCGAAAAGAAAGCAAAGUAAAUGUGGAUUCCCUUGUUAGUGUUUUAAGGACACAACCAAGCUGGAACUUCAAGAUGUAAUGUUUUUUUUUGUCUUUUAUAGUCUAUAUAGCAGAAACAUCUAUGAAAUUGUGCCAUUCAACUGGAUUGGUGCAACAGAACAUACACCUCUCAUCAUGAUCAGUUCACCUGAAAAUCAGAUUUCUUUCACAAAUGGCAGAGAUGUAGCAUUGAUCUGGUUGAUUUUUUUCUUUUAGCCCAAAGUUUUGGAAAACUUAGUCCCUAGCAUUGUAUAUCUGUAAUUUCUCAAAUGACAUUUGAGGAUUUACAGAUAUAAAUGUUUUUAUAUUUAGUGAAUAUAAAGCUCAUUUUAAGAAGUGUCUUUCAGAAAGAAAUUGCAGAAAAGAAUUGCUUGUAUACUAAAAACAUAGAAGUGUACCACUGUAUUGUUUACAUUUUCUUUUGACUUGUUUUGUGUAUAAUAUGCCAUUAUUAAAAUAAGUUUUAUAUUCCUGCUAUCAUGGGAGAGAUGUUAAUGGGUUUUAUGGAAACAACUUUGAGGACUGAGAUCUUCCAAAUAGGUUAUUGAUUCAUUUUAGUCAUAAAAUGUGAAGUUAAGAUGUUUUUAUCAUUAUUGUUUUUUUUCUCAGAGCAGCUUAUGCACAGUUUGACACAAUGGUGUGGGUUUUAUUUGGUUUUAAUAUGUUGUACACUCAAUUAAGUAGCUCAACUGAAUUCGCAUUUUCCCUGAUCUCAAAAUAAAGUCACAAAAAGCUUG